GCUUGUGCCAAGAUGCUCCCUUCCCAAGAAGCCUCUAAGCUCUACCAUGACAAUUACAUGAGGAACUCCAGAGCCAUAGGCGUCCUAUGGGCCAUUUUCACCAUCUGCUUUGCCAUCAUCAACGUGGUGGUCUUCAUCCAGCCCUACUGGAUAGGGGACAGUGUCAACACACCUAAGCCCGGCUACUUUGGGCUUUUCCACUACUGUGUAGGCAAUGGAGCAGGCAACAGAGAGUUCACCUGCCGGGGAUCCUUCACAGAUUUCAGCACCAUUCCUUCAGGAGCCUUCAAGGCGGCUGCGUUUUUUGUGCUGCUGUCCAUGGUGCUGAUUCUGGGCUGCAUCACCUGCUUUGCCCUCUUCUUCUUCUGCAACACAGCCACGGUGUACAAGAUCUGCGCCUGGAUGCAGCUGUUUGCAGCCGUGUGCCUGGUGCUCGCCUGCAUGAUAUUCCCAGAUGGAUGGGAUGCAGAGACAAUCAGGGACAUGUGCGGGGACAAGACUGGGAAGUACUCCCUGGGAGACUGCUCCGUGCGCUGGGCCUACAUAUUGGCAAUUAUUGGGAUCCUGAAUGCCCUUAUUCUCUCCUUCCUGGCCUUCGUAUUGGGUAACAGACAGAACGACUUGCUUCUUGAGGAGCUUAAAUCAGACAACAAAGAUGACAUGAAGUAA